UCGACGGAAAAAGAAAGAAAAAGCAAAACCCCAUUUCAUCGUCCCGAAACUCCAAAAUCUCGUCAGGGCGUAGGAGACAUGUGGAAUCCUGUGGUGGUCCUUGACAACGGAGGCGGCCUCAUCAAGGCCGGACUAGGCGGCGAGCGCGACCCCUCCGCCGUCCUCCCCAACUGCCUCCUCCGCCCCGUCUCCUCCAAGAAAUGGCUCGUCCCCCCCUCCACCACCACUUCCUCCUCCCACGACGAUUCCUUCGACUUCACCUCCGCCGCCGUCCGCCGCCCGCUCGACCGCGGCUACCUCAUCAACCCGGACCUCCAGCGAGACAUCUGGGCUCACCUCUUCUCCUCCCUCCUCCACAUCACCCCCUCCCAGUCCUCCCUGUUACUCACCGAGCCCCUCUUCGCCCUCCCCUCCAUCCAACGCGCCACCGAUGAGCUCGUCUUCGAGGACUUCAACUUCAAAGCCCUCUACGUCGCCGACUCCCCCGCCCUCGCCCAUCUCUACGAGGCGAGCCGCCGCCCCCAUGUCGGCUCCCGGGCGGCCCAAUGCAGCCUGGUGGUCGACUGCGGCUUCUCCUUCACCCACGCCGCCCCGGUGUUCCAGAACUUCACGCUCAACUAUGCCGUCAAGCGCAUCGACCUCGGCGGCAAAGCUCUCACCAACUACCUCAAGGAGCUCGUCUCCUAUCGCUCCGUCAACGUCAUGGACGAGACCUUCCUGAUGGACGACGUCAAAGAGAAGCUCUGCGCCGUCUCCCUCGACGUUGCGCGUGACCUCCAUAUGGCCAGGACGUCUGGGAAGAACAACUUGUUGAGGUGCACGUAUGUGCUUCCAGAUGGUGUUACGCACACCAAGGGCUAUGUUAAGGAUCCCGACCAAGCACGGAGAUACUUGUCUGUGGCAGACGUUGACGGUGACCCACCUGCAGAAUUGGGAUCUAAGGAGGGCAUGGAUCACUUUGAGAUUACAGAGAAGCAUGAAGAUCGAAAGAGAGUUGAUUUAACAAAAAAUGAAUUUGAAUUGACAAAUGAGCGCUUUCUUGUCCCGGAUAUGCUCUUCCGUCCUUUGGAUCUGGGAAUGAACCAAGCCGGACUAGCGGAGUGUAUUGUUCGGGCUGUCAAUUCUUGCCAUCCUCAUCUUCACCCUGUACUUUAUGAAAGCAUUAUUUUAACCGGUGGAAGCACAUUAUUUCCUCGAUUUGCUGAUAGACUAGAGAAGGAGCUCCGGCCUCUUGUCCCUGAUGACUAUCAAGUGAAGAUAACAACUCAAGAAGAUCCCAUACUAGGUGUCUGGCGAGGGGGAUCGCUUUUGGUAUCUAGUCCUGAUUUCGAAGCAAUGUGUGUUACUAAAUCCGACUACGAGGAGCUUGGAUCUGCUCGAUGUCGGAGGAGAUUCUUCCAUUGAGUAGUUGGUAUCUGAAGGUAAGUGUCAACUGACUUAUCAGCAUUUCUCGUUACCACUGAACCAAAGAGAGGUAGAAGUUUGUUUGGUGGCUUAUAUAUGCAAAGAAAGCAACCUGAGUGAAGUUGUACAAUUCAUUGCUACAAAUCCAAGAUAUUUUUGGCUUCUUGGAUCUGUCAGCUCAAGGAUGCUCUGGGUGAUUUAGAGCUGCUAUCCCUCUGAUACAGAGCCAGUUAAAACGAAGUAGUUCCACCGGAAUCCAAUGCAAUGCAUGCGAAUCCAGAGGAGCCAUAUCUUGUGUGAAAAUGUUUAGCUCAAGCAGAAACUGCAGGUUGUGAAUGCAGGAUAGCAAGUUCUUAUUUUUUGAUUAAGAAGAGACCGUAGAGAUGGUGAUAUCCUGAUAUGCUCCUUAAUGUUCUUAGAAGUGCAACCUAAUAUUGGCUUGCUGCAGCAGAAAUUCCAAACGAUGAGUCAUGUGUUUCUAAAUCAAGGAUGUUACAUUAAAAGAAUGUUCAUUCAACUUCA